AAUACACACACAGCAGCAGCAACAAGGUGAGCCCCAGCACUAGCAUACCCACACCCAUAUACCCGCUCACGCACCCGCGCAGCACCAUGUCGGCUAUCACCAACAUCAACGAGUUUGACCCCAACAAGGCGGACAAUGCCGAGGAGAUUGAGAUGCAGUGGUCCGUCAAGACGGUCGAGCACAUGGAGGCGUACGAGAACCUGAUCACGUCGACCGACCCCAAGACGCUCAAGCUCAGCUCGGACGACGACGCGAUCCACGCCGACCUGCUGGCCAAGUUCCCCGAGUUCCGCGACCACGCCAACCUGCGCAACCUGGACGAGAACUGGCUCAAGUCCAAGGAGGGCAAGGAGCGCUGGCGCGAGUGGCUCGCCAGCUACGAGCAGAGCAUCCCCGACUACAACUUUGGCACCAUGCUCCGCCAGCACUCGGACCAGCUGUACUCUGAGCACAACGCCAUUCUUGUUCUGCGCGCGCAGUUUGUCGCGAUCGAGAUUGCGCGUAACCGCGCCGGACUCAACGAGAAGGUUUACCACGAGGCGCAGGCUGCCAAGAAGGCCUAGGCUGCGCGUCUGGUCGAACUGGCCAGCCACCGCUGGCGGGGUGCGCUGAGCACACGCGGCGCCCGAGGCCCGAGGCCUCUGCGCCCCGCCCUAUAGUUUGUAUUCCCAUUGCACGCAUCGAAUGCACACACAACAUGGUCGUGA